AUGGAUUUACAUGAUAUUACACAAUCCAUCAACAAUAUUGAAAUGACUCAAUUUCUGUCAAAUCACAACUCUAAUUAUAUGAUGUGCAACUCAAUCGAUGAACAUAACGCGCUACAUCUUUUACCAAUCCACGACGAGACUUUUGAUAUUGAGAAACUGAGUUCAAUGGAUGCAAUGAGGGAGAUGAUUUUUCGUAUGGCGAUGAUGCAACCUAUUCACAUUGAUACAGAGUCAGUAAAACCGCCUAAGAGAAAGAACGUGAAGAUAUCAAAAGAUCCACAGAGCGUUGCAGCUAGGCAUCGGAGGGAAAAAAUAAGCGAGAGGAUAAGGAUUUUGCAGAGACUUGUUCCUGGUGGUACAAAAAUGGACACAGCUUCUAUGUUAGAUGAGGCUGUUCAUUAUGUUAAGUUUUUGAAGAAACAACUCAAAUCUUUGGAACAAGCAGCUGCUGUUAAUAGGCCAAUGAUUACUGGAUUUUCCACAACAUUAAUGGCACAACCUGUGGAUUAUUUAAGUUCUUUUAGGUCAUGCCAAACUCCUCAUUUGAUGAGCUCUAAUGCACAAAUGCUAAGUUAA